UAUGGUCAUGGUUACGCAUAGGCCUCUGCUCCAGUACUUAAGGUCUGCUCUUGAUCUCGUUGUAGCAAUAUCGAUCUUGUAUGUGCGAGCUGACCAGACCUUGGGUGGUGCCCGUCACAACGUUCCUGUUGGCAGAUGAAGACGAAGGGAGCACGAUUCACCGUGACUUCUCGAGUAUGUGGGAUGCAAAGCAGCCGUGGAUGGUGGUCGCAAUGAGGCGUCGAUUGCAAAGCCGAACCAUUGGCCUCCUCGAGAUUUCGCCAAGCGGCACCGUUAGGUUCCUUCACUGUACCGUCCCUGAGUGGGUGACUCGAAAGGAGAACUGCCAGCAUCAAACGGGAUGCUCCGGCAAACUGUUCGACCGGAGCUUGGAAUUCUGCAAGGCACGGACAACGGACUUCUCUCAACUUCAAGGCCAAACCCAGUACAGACCUGGAAUUCCCUAAGGAAUAAUACAGGGCGGCAUAUACGGGACAGGGCCUUGGUGAGUGGUUCCUCGAUUGUAUUGAGGAGGUCUUACGCAAAGAGCUCAGUGUCCCGAUAUGACUAUGGACACGUCGUUACAGGACCGAAAGGGGCGGUCAAGCUGGUCUACAAAGUGGAGCCUUUUCACCCGGAGCCGCUUCUCCUGGAGGAUGAACACUGCGCUCAUGUUAUUGAGAUGGAAGGUCAUGAUACCUUCAGAUGAUCACCUUGAUCUCUGAGAUCGGUACUGGU